CAAGACAUGAAACAUUGAGCUUGUUUUCACAUACACACGGUGAGAUCGUGGAUGUUUAAAUUCCGGGGCAUGCAGACAACAUGGCAGGGCGUAAAAUCACACUGAUCUUUUCUUUGGUCGCGAUCUUUUCAAAAGGUCUAACCACAGUGAUCCAAACACAGCAGACUGUGCUGGCAGCAGUGGGAGAAGAUGCUGAAUUCAGCUGUCAGCUCUUGGAGACUAAAGACGUCCUUCAGGUCACAUGGCAGAAAAUCUCACAUGAUGUAGAGACAAAUGUUGCCACCUUCAGCAAGUACUUUGGCCAAAAAGUGAAUACUGACUUUACAGUUAAAUUUGGGUUUAAAUACACUGGCCUACAGAACUGCUCCAUAGUCAUCAGGAAUGUGACGGAGCAGGAUGAAGGAUGCUAUCGAUGUUUGUUUAACACUUAUCCUGAAGGCUCCUUCAUUGGUAGAACCUGCCUCCAAGUCUAUGAGCUGCAUGAACCUGUUGUUGAUGUCAGAGAGUCAAACUCUACUGAAGAGUGGGUUGUUUCCUGUUCAGCCACUGGUCGACCUGCUCCCACUGUAACACUCAGUGUCUCACAACAAGACCUCAACUUCUCACAGUACAACACUGUCAGUGUGUCCAACACCAACGCUACAUUCACUGUCACCACUACAGCUGUGCUCUCAGGUUCACGUAAACACAGCACACAGGUGGGAUGUGCAGCACGAGUGCUCUCUGCUCCUCACAGAGAGGUGAUGGUGACGAUUCCUGAUGAUGAUGAUGAUGAGCUAGAUGAGAAAUCAGGAUCUAAUCCCAGGAAUUUAGGAAUCAGAAUUUCAAUCAUUCUGUCCUGUGUGGCAUUGGUGGUCUGUAUUGCUGCAGUCAUCUUUGUUGGGUAUAGAACAACAUGUCAGAGCAGAACUGGACCGUCUUAAUUCAGUCGAGGUUACAGCAAUCCACGACUUUCACCUUUACAAGCAAGAAAAGUUUGGACAAAUUGUUUCUACUGCUCCUUCUUCUGUUUUUGUUUUUUGGUCUUUUUUUUUAACAAAGUUUGAAAAACACACAAUACAUUCAUUUUUACUCAUGUUGCAGUUUCUAUUUCAGUAGUUUCUGCUUUUUUAUUAAUUUAUUUUUAUAUUUAUUCAAUAUAAUUUUUUGUCAGAUUUUUUAAUAUUAAGCUACUUGAAGCAAAAACUGUGAAAAUGAGCAGGAGUGACUAACAUGAAACUGUUCUCGUCAAUAAUUUCAGCUGAUCGAUUAAAUUGCUUUUAUUGCAGUAAUUGCUCGUAACACAAACAAUCGUGAAAACCUGAUACUGCACAAAACGGCCACUGGGGGUCUCUGCUUAUUCAUGGUGAGCAUGUUGAGACAUUUACUGGCCAAUAAAACAAUAUUUAUAUAAAAAAUCAACAUAUACAUUGUUCAAACUUUAAAUUGCUCAUUGUAGGGGUAUUUCUCAACCUAGGAAAACUAGACCAACGAUUUUUUCAUGUAUUGUUGGUAUAAGGGUUUAUUCUUAUGGUAAAUGUGCAAACAACACUGUGCUCCUCAAAGAUGUGUAAAUGUCAGUGUCAGUUUUUCGCCCGAAACUAAAUAAAACUUUUAAGAUUUUGUAAGUUCUCUGUGUCAUACUGAACUUACUAAAGAAAGUUUCCAUGUAGUCCUAAAGAUUUGCUCCAUGUUGAUGAGUUCCUUUGCACACAUUACGAUAACAGACUAUAUUCUGUGAGCAUGGCAGGUUAUUUUAACUCUAUAUUGCAGGCUUACAGUUUGUCAGUCUAAAAACAUGCAGACUGUUGUCAUUCUCACUGUACUGCUGAUUGGAUUGACAUGUUUUUAAAGGUAAAUAAAUUUCACAAAAUCAACCUGGUUGUGUGCAUCUUGGUUUAUUUCAGAUGUCUACGACAAAUCUUUUAGAAAUCAUGAUCAGAUGGAUGCUUUUGAUUAUCUGUUUGUAAAGAAGACUAGAACAC